CGAAGGUUUUCGAGCGAAUUAUUUAUGAUCAAAUCUAUGCCUUUCUUACUGACAACAAUUUACUAUGUAAUAGCCAGUCAGGGUUUCGAUGUCUACAUUCAACUGUCACCGCGCUUCUUGAGUCCACCAAUAACUGGGCAUACAACAUUGACCAAGGCCGAGUUAAUGCUGUAGUUUUCCUAGAUCUUAAGAAAGCGUUUGACACAGUUAACCAUGGAAUUUUACUAUCAAAACUGAAUGCGUAUGGUCUUGGGGGUGCUGUGGGUAAUUGGUUUAAGUCUUAUCUAAGUGACCGCAGUCAAAAAUGCUAUGUUAAUGGUCACCUUUCUAACAAUCGUACGUUACUCUGUGGUAUUCCACAGGGGACUAUUUUAGGACCAUUGUUAUUUUUACUGUAUAUAAAUGACUUACCAAAUUGCCUUGAGCACUCCCAAGCACGAAUGUACGCGGAUGAUACUAAUUUAACAUUUGCAAGUAACAAUAUUGACGACAUAAAUUAUCACCUUAAUCAUGACCUUGCAAAUGUGAACAAAUGGCUUAUCGCCAAUAAGCUUACUCUAAAUCAAUCCAAAACUGAAUUUAUGCUAAUUGGCUCACGACAAAGAAUAGCCACAUUUCGAUCAGUUCCAUGUUUAGAAAUAGACGGGGUUCCUAUUGACAAGGUUUUACAAGCAAAGUCUCUCGGAGUGUACCUUGAUGAGAAUCUAUCUUGGAAUAUACAAAUUAAUGAAUUAACAAAAAAGAUUGCUUCUGGUAUUGGCGCUUUAAAACGUGUUCGAUCAUUUGUCCCAGUCGCAACAUUGCAAUUAAUUUUUAAUUCCUUGGUUCAGCCAUAUUUCAAUUACUGUUGCACAGUUUGGGACAAUUGCAACAAAACCCUAGCUGAAAAACUUCAAAAACUACAAAAUCGUGCAGCGAGAGUACUAACAUUCUCCAGUUAUGACACUAAUGCUGAUGGUUUAAUUGAGAAACUUGGCUGGAAAAAACUAUCAUCCCAGCGCCAGUUUCAAAAAGCUGUCAUGGUCUAUAAAUCAUUAAAUGGUCUUGCUCCUGAUUACAUGCAUUCCAU